UUGAUAUUAUUGUUGUUGUUGUUGUUGAUGUUAUUGUUUUGUGAUAAAUAACUAGUGAUAUAAUUAACGAUGAUAAAAUAAAUAUUUAAGAUAUUGAUAGACCCAAACCAGUAUUGGAAGAUUGGAUAUUUAAAUUAUUGAGUACUGAAAAAAAGUAUUAGCAGUACGAAGCAGCGCACUGGCAAAACUUGUAUAUACUUACCAGUUCACCACACAGCAACAAUACACAAAGAAACAACUGCCCGUGUCAGUGACAUACGACACAAGGGAUCAAAUGUCAAAAUUGUUUCCAAGGGCUGGUCCAUUGUUAAAUAUACGUGUAUAAUCAUUUUAUAUUUUUAUUAUUAAUCUCCAAUUUAUUUAGAAUAAAUUUCAAUUGAGGUGUGUGCGUGUAAAGUGUAUUUUUAAUUUUCUUUUUUUUUUUUUUUUUUUAUUUCAAUAAUUCGCGUAUCUUUUUUUUUUCAUUAUUUUUAUUUUGAUAUCAUAAAAUAUAAAUAUACAUUAAUCGUGAUGAUCAGUGAUGACUGUUGCUGCAUUCACGCCGAAGCGACUGAAUAUCCAAAUUGUCAUUUUAUUUAUUCUUGAUAGUAUAAUUUAAUAACUAUUGGGGUGUGUUACUCUGAACAGUUUUUUCAAGUGUUGUUUGUAAUCAUCUAUCUACGAAAUUUGCAUAGUUAUUAUUUAACAUUAAUUUGUUAUGACUAAAUAUGACAAUAAUCAAGAGGUGUGAAAAGAAAAUUUUUAAAAUGAUAAUAUAUUACUAUAAUAGUAAUAACAAUAAUAAUAAUUAAAAAAUAAUGGAUCAACAGUGAUUGUUUUGAUGAAUUUAAAUGACUCAAAAGUAAUGCCUGUUCACCAGAUCAAUGUUAAUCCCCCUGAUUGGCAAUCACCCCAAUCUCUUGAUCCUUCUAAUAAUACCAGUCCAUCAGGAGGUGGUGAAUGGUCACCAAAAGAACCAACGUACGCGACAGUUGUCACUGUAAUACCAAAUCAUUGUCAUUCCUCUGUAAGCACACUGUCCUCAAGUAACCAUGACAUUUGUCGGAUAUGCCACUGCGAAGGUGAUAUUGGAGCUCCUCUUUUAGCGCCGUGUUAUUGCAGUGGUAGUUUACGUUAUGUACAUCAGGCGUGUCUUCAGCAGUGGAUUAAAGCAUCAGACACACGUGCAUGUGAAUUAUGUAAAUUUUCAUUCAUUAUGCACGCAAAAACAAAACCAUUUUCAGAGUGGGAAAAAUUGGAAAUGUCAGCACCAGAAAUACGAAAAUUAUGGUGUGCUGUUGCAUUUCACGCAGUAGCUGCUCUGUGUGUAGCUUGGUCUCUUUAUGUUUUGGUUGAACGAAGCGUUGAAGAAGCGCGUAAAGGAUUCGUUGAUUGGCCAUUUUGGACAAAAUUAAUAGUCGUUGUAAUUGGUUCUACUGGCGGUCUUGUAUUUAUGUACAUUCAGUGUAAAGCUUACAUUGAAUUAUGCAGAAGAUGGCGAGCGUUCAACAGAGUGAUAUUUAUUCAAAAUGCUCCAGAAAAAGUGGUGCUUCCUCCUUCACCAACAGAUUCACUUAGAGAAGUGACGUUACCUUUAAAAGAUCCCACUGCCUCAUUGCCAGAGUUGAAUCGUAGUCUAUUACCGAGAACUUUAGACCCCUCUUGCGCCUCAGAAACAAUUAAACCAGAGGUUGCUUCGGCUGCCCAGAGACACGAUGCUCAACUCAAAUUAUACGUAUUCGACAAAUUGUCAUCGUCCGAGGAUAAUCUGUAGUCCAGAUAUAAAAAAUAUAUUUGCUUAAAUUGUAAUCGUCACGUGUAAUCGUCAUACAAUUAUAUCUUAUACAUAAUAAUUGUACACAGCAAUUAUGGUGCAUCCACAUAUAUUAUGUAUAAAAAUAAUCAUCUGGACUAUGAUAUAACAACAAAAAAUAAUUUUAAUUAUUAUACCAAUAAUAAUAAUAAUAAUAACAAAAACAACAACAAGAUGAAAGAAAAGUCUGUUGGUGCAUAAAAUAAACCUAUUUGCUUCCAAAGAUACAAAAAUUUUGUAUUAGCAUUCUCCAAUCUUUGGAGCAUACUUUAACUUGAUACUUAGUAUACUAAGUUUAUAAUUAUAAUUAUUGUUGUUGUUAUUAUUAUUAUUAUUAUUAUUAUUAUUAUUAUUAUUAUUACUACAUUGGUAAUUAAGGGAGAGAAAGAGAUUUAGAUAUAUAUCAGUUAUAUAAAAAUAUUUAAAAACUGUAUUGUCUCUCCAUUAAACGAUUGUGUACAUAAUUAUUAUAUCUGUGAUGUUAUUCAAUAAAAUUUACCAUAUUAAA